ACAGUCGGGCGCUGCGGCCGGCAGCUGACGCAUCUCCCCCUUCGCUCGCCUGCGAGGGGCCGCAGCCCGCACGACGCCGCCGUGCACACGUGGUCGUCCGUCUCCCCUUCGGCGCCUGAAGUGACCGCAGCCCGUCGCACGCAGGAGCAUGUUCCCUGGCUGGAUGCUGCUGGUGCUGCUGCUAGCUUCCCAGCAGCUGGGGCGCCCGGCGCGUGGUCACUCCCUGGAUGGCGCCGUCACCUCCGCCCGCGAGAGGGUCGACCUGGCGCGGCACAUACUCGCCGAGGCGCCGCUCAUCGACGGGCACAACGACUUGCCGUGGAACAUCCGCAAGUUCGUGCACAACCAGCUGAAGGACUUCAACUUCGCCGGCGACCUGCGGACUGUGGCCCCGUGGUCGCGUAGCGCGUGGUCUCACACCGACCUGCGGCGGCUGAGGCGGGGCAUGGUGGGAGGACAGUUCUGGGUGGCGUAUGUGCCCUGCGAGUCCCAGAACCUGAACGCCGUGCAGCUCACCUUGGAGCAGAUCGACCUCAUCAAGAGACUCAUAGACAAGUACGCGCACCAGAUGCAGUUCGCCUCCGACACGAAAGAGAUCAUGAGGGCGCACGGCGACAGGAAGAUAGCCAGCCUGAUCGGCGUGGAGGGCGGCCACAGCAUCGGCAACUCGCUGGCGGUCCUCAGGAUCCUCUACGACCUGGGCGUGCGCUACAUGACGCUCACCCACACCUGCAACACGCCCUGGGCAGAUUCUUCAUCGGUGGAACAUAACAUGAAGUAUCCUGAACAUGGUGGAUUGACAAGUUUUGGUAAGGCGGUGGUGAGGGAGAUGAACCGGCUCGGCAUGAUGGUGGACCUGUCUCACGCCUCCGUGGGCACCAUGAGGGACGCGCUGGCCGCCUCCAAGGCCCCCGUCAUCUUCUCCCACUCGUCCGCCUUCGCGCUCUGCAACUCCUCCAGGAACGUUCCCGACGACAUCCUCAGGGACCUGGCGGUGAGUGGUGGUUUAGUGAUGGUAACCUUCUACAACUACUUCGUGAAGUGUGGACCAACAGCCACUGUUGCUGAUGUUGCAGAACACAUUAGCUACAUCCGGGACUUAAUUGGUGUGGACCACAUAGGCGUUGGUGGAGAUUUUGAUGGAAUUAAUAGAACACCUCGGGGCCUAGAAGACGUGUCGAUGUACCCAGAGUUGUUCGCAGAGCUGCUGCGGAUUGGCAACUGGACAGCUGACGAUCUCAAGAAGGUAGCAGGCCUCAAUCUCUUGAGGGUUUUUUCCAGUGUGGAGAAGGUGCGGGACCACAUGCGGCUGUCUGGAGUGCUCCCGUCAGAGGUGUUCAUCACGGGACCACUGUCGGGGGCGCGGCCGGAGUGCUUCCUCGACGUCGACAGCAUCGAGAGGGAGAUGGAACUGUGAGCGACAGUUGCGCUGCACUGCCGCGGAACCCACGCGCUUCAACGACAGGAGUCGUCUUCCACGUAAACAAAGAAAAACUGCAUUCGCAAGUUGGAGCAAAGAAUUUCUUUUUCAAAUCCACGGGAUUUUAUGCUGUAAUGGAGAUCCUUACACUUUACUUUACAUUUGACUUGCAGGUAAGGCCUUUGACCCUUAUAGGUUGGGACAAAAUCAUAUGGUAAAUUGCGAUAAAACCAAAAUAACAACGAAAAGCAUGUUAAUACACAACAUAACACUGAAAUGAAACUGAAAUCACAAAAUGGUCAGCAUUUUUAUUCAAAAAUUUAAUUCAAAAUACAAAAAUUUGUUUUUAAUUUAAUAAACUCAAGGAAUGAUACAUAUUAAAACAUGAAAUCUGUACCAAAUUGAUGUGCUAAAUAGAUCGAAACUUAUUUUACUCUUUUUAUUUUUUUAACUGUUAUUAGUAACUCAAUUUUUUGACAUUACAGCAUUGGUACUUUUUCAAACACACAGUUACUUUCAGACUUAUUUUUAUUGUUCAGAGUCAUUAGAAAUGUUUAUUACAAAUUAUUAUAUCAUAAAAGAACAGCCUUUAUCAUGUCACAAAAAUUAUGAAAUAUUUAAGCGUCAUAUUUGUUUAAUAAUAUGCUCUACUUAUGAAUGAACAGGGUUUAUAAAAUUAUAUAAAAACAAUAACACUGAGAUCUCCUGUUUUAAAAACUAAAUUAGUCUGAUGAUAAAAUCAUAAAAUCUUAUCCCUACUUAUAGGCAUUUCUAUGGUGCAAGACUGAAAAUUCAGUAGCUUGUGGUUACAAACCAGUUUUCCGAACAACUUAAUUUGAUGGAAAGCCUUAAACAAAUAAAUUACAUUUAAAAUAAAAGUCAAUGAGUACAGACUGAAAAAUUUUGCUGUUUUAAAGACCUCUAGGAUGGAUUCCAAAGUUACUUGUACAUAUUAUAGACCUGUGAGAAUAUGGAGGAUUUUUUUAUUUUUUAUUUAAAAAAAAGUUCAAAACAAAUACAAACAUCAAAUGAUUCUCGAAUACAAAUACUAAAUAGUGAUAAUGAGAGUUGAAUCCUACCAAAAAAAACAUUUUUCUCAUCACAGGGAAAGAAAAAAGUAAAUAUGGAGUGACAUGGCUUCUAGGAAAUUAGAAAAAAAAAAAAAAA